AGUUUGCCUUCCCAAGCCUCCCAAAGUACCAAAACACAAACACAACUCCUCCUCAAACCCAAUUUCUCUCUCUCUCCCUCCUUCGAUGCAUAUAUACACUUAAAUGGUCUCUAUUAACUCCACAACAAUAGCCUCUCUCUCUCGCUCUCUCUUUCUCUCUCUCUGACAGCUGGGUUCUCUUUGAUUCAGAAUCAUAGAGACUGACUGAUAAACAUGGCUCUUGUGUACAAGCUCCAAGCUUUCUCAUCUUUUUCUGUGUCAGCUCAGAAUUAUAACAAGGUUACUUCUUUGAUUACAAACCCCAUUUGUUCAUUACACUACAAGAGCUCGCCUUUUACAGAGAAACAUUCAAUUGAGAGAUACCAAAGGGACCGGUGGCUUUACCAGAGCCAGGUGGAGUUAAGUCAGUAUCAAUCGUCCUCAUGCUCUUUGCCAUCUGACUCAGAGUCUAUAAGGGAAGAUGACAUAGCUUUGCAGCUACCCGAGUUGAAGAAGUUGCUUGAAGUGCUUAAGAGAAAGAGAGAGAGUUGUUGUGGUAAUGAUGGUGAUGGGGAGAAAUGUGGGCCUGGGAAUGUGUUUUUGGUGGGGACCGGACCAGGAGAUCCUGAGUUGUUGACAGUGAAGGCUGUGAAAGUGGUACAGAAAGCUGAUAUUUUGUUGUAUGAUAGGUUGGUUUCUAAUGAUGUUUUGGAGUUGGUUGGUCCUGACGCUAGAUUGCUUUAUGUUGGCAAGACUGCUGGGUACCAUAGCAGAACUCAGGAGGAAAUACAUGAGUUGCUUUUAAGUUUUGCUGAAGCAGGAGCUACUGUUGUGAGACUUAAAGGAGGUGAUCCACUGGUAUUUGGGAGGGGUGGAGAAGAGAUGGAUUUUUUGCAACAGCAGGGAAUCCAAGUUAAAGUUAUCCCAGGUAUUACUUCUGCUUCAGGGAUAGCAGCAGAGCUUGGGAUUCCUUUGACUCAUCGGGGUGUUGCAAAUAGUGUUAGAUUUCUAACCGGUCAUUCAAGGAAUGGAGGAACAGAUCCCUUGUUUGUAGCAGAAAGUUCAGCUGACCCUGAUUCAACCUUGGUUGUGUAUAUGGGCCUGUCAACUCUUCCCGCCCUUGCAUUGAAGUUGAUGCAACAUGGUCUGCCAGCAAAUACUCCAGCUGCUGCAGUUGAGCGAGGGACCACACCCCAGCAGCGCAUGGUUUUUGCAGAAUUAAAUGAUCUUGCUAAUAAAGUAGCGAGGGAAGAGUUAGUUUCACCAACACUGAUAAUCAUUGGGAAGGUGGUUGCACUUUCACCAUUGUGGCCACUUUCUUCUAAAGAAGCAUCCUGUUUGAUGGAAGCUGUGUAGAAGUGUUUGCAUUGCAUGGAUGGCGAUGGAAUGCUGUCCAAGGAACUUUUUGGCAAUUCCGAGAAUUAAUUCAAUCAAUUUAAUCCAUGCGAUGGAGUUUCUGCUGUAUUUGAAACCACUUCUGAAUCGGUUGCUUCUUUUGAUGGUUUUGAUUCAUAAGAGGUUCUAAAGGUUCUUGUACUGUGCUUUGUCUGACUAGCUCGGUUUCAAAUUCAGAGCAGAGCAUCAUGAUGCAUGGAUGUGAUGAAAGUUUCUCAGAUCGUUUGCUCACAUGCAUCUCGACAGAGCAAAGCUUUUUUGGACUCUUACCUUCAUUGUAAUUUGAUUGCUCUGAUGGGAACGUUAUCCAUGAUCCGCCAUUAUGUUGAUUAACAAAUUUUGCAACACAAGCUUUGAUUUUCUAAUACAAGUAAUCAAAGCUCGGAUGCUGUAUUUCUUUGGAUGAAUUAGUGACCAUGUAGAAUAAAUUCUUUCUAUGAAUUGGUUCUUGCUCUCUA